AGUUGUUUAGCAGCUUAUUGCACUGCUAUAUCAUGAGUGAUUUUGAUAUUAGUGGCUCUGAUUCUGAGCCUGUCUCAGACAUCAACCCAGAGGAGAUGGCUAAGUUAAUGGCAGAUUUAGGUGAUAUCGAUGAUGUUUUUAAAAGUUCUGAAAAGCCUCCUGCAAAGAUCAAGCUUACGGCUGAAAAGGAAAUGACCAGAGAUGAAGGCCAACGGGUCACAUUUGAUAAGAAGCAGCCAGAAGAGGAUGAUGAUUGGGAUGCUGAUGAUCUCUUGCAGUCUGAUGAUGAUAUUCCAAAAAUGAAAACACAGAAAUCUAAAUCUCCAGGUAAGCAUAUUAAGUCAGCCAGUCCUGAAAGCAAAAUUACUCGCAGUGAUGGCAAAGAUAGAAGAAACUUAACCAAAACCAAGCUAAUGGCUGACUUAUUUACUGGGAAUUCUGAGGAUAAAAUAGAAAUACCAGCAAAGAGUAGAUCAGAACUGUCUUCUGCAUCUGAUGUAGGACCAGCAAAGAAAGAUAAGAGCAAGCUCAUGGCAGAGCUAUUCGGAAGUAAUGAUGCUGCAAUAGAAGAAAGUUCUCACAUUAGACAGAAUAUAAAAAAAUCAAAAGAUGAGGUCACUUUUGAUGAUGAUGAUGAUUUAUUUAGUGGUUUUGGGGAGUCCAAAAAAAAAACAAAGGCUGUUUCUGACUCUCCAAAAGGUAAAGGUUUCCUUGACAGCUUAUUGGCAAAAAGUAAUGCCUCAGAUAAUAAACAAACAGAUAAGAAAAAAUCUUCAGAAUUUAUUUUGGAUGAUAAAUACAAAAAUAUGAGUAAAGCAAAGAAAAAAGAACAAGAAAGUUUUGGGGAUUACAUGCCAUCUGCUGGAAAACCUGAUAGUCCUCUGAGAAGGACACCAAAGAAGGCACCUGCCAGUGACCCUUUUGAUAUUUUUGGUGAUAAAGAACCAAGAAGACCCAAAGCAAGAUCAGCUCAGAGAAAGACUUUAGAAUCAGAUGAUGGUAUAAAAGGGAAUAUGCAGAGUAAGAAAGGACCAAGUAGACAGUUGGAGAAGGAAAAGGGGACAAAAAAUGAAAGUGAUUUAAAUAAAGGAGAUGCAGAUAGUUCAUUUAAGCAGUUACAGUCAGAAAGUCAGAGAAAAGAUGUUGAAGGUGGUGGUAAAAGUGACUGGCUGUUUGAUGGUUUGGAAAGUGAAACGCAUCAAAUGAAGAAGGCAGAAACAGCAUUUAAAUCAGCUGAACUAAAAGAUGAUAGCAUCCAAAGAAUCUCACCCUCAGUCAGCAAAAGUCCGGACUGGCUUGGGAGCCUUUUAUCAACAGACACGAAACACUCAAGUGAAUUUAAACAGGCAUCUUCUGUAAGCAACAUCUCUGCUGGCAUUUCCACUCCAUCAGCUCAAAAGCUAAAAGAAUCCCUACAUUCUAGAAGGGAAGACAAGGGAGAGGCCCACCCAUCUCACACUUCCAGUUCUUUAGCUCCUGUCAUGCAAACACCAUCAGAUACAGAUGGCAUGCAACUGCAGUUACUAAAAGAACAGCAAGAAGCUCAGGUACAAGUAGCUGCUCAGAUAGAAGCUCAGCGUGAACAAAAUUCUCAAUUAACAUCGCAGAUAAACCCCCAACAGAUGGCUGAUGAAAUAAUGAAGCAACAGCAAGCUACAAUGAAAAGGUACCAGGAAGCAAUGUUAAACAUGAGGCAAAUGACUCUUCCACCUCCUCCUGUGAUAAAUAUGAAUACAAGUGGCGAUGAUGACCACCUUAAGGAAUUGACGGUUAAAUUACGGAGUGCAGAAAUCGAAGUUGCAAGAUUGCAAGCUGAACUGGAGUUGAUUCAUAAUCAACAUUCAAAAGAAAUAUCAAUAUUGGAAAAUGCUAAUGUAAGAAGGAUGAAUAUAGAAAAAGAGGUUUGGGAACAGACAGAAAAGCACUUACGAGAAGAGAGAGACUCUGUAGUGAAUGAACUACAGAGCAAGCUCUCCACCUUACAGUUAGAGAAGGACAGCUUGGUAACUGCAUAUGAAGUUCAGCUGGGACAUGUGAAGUCUGAGUGGUCUCAGGCAUUAGAAAGGACUAAGGAAUUAUACAUGGGAAUAAUGGAGAAGAUGAAAGAAGAACACAAUGCAGCUCUACAAAGGAUUACUGAUCUAAAAGAACUAGAGCUGAAAGCAGCUGUCUCUGCCACAGGACAUGUAAGGGAGAUGGAGGUGGUGAUGAAUCAGCUAGAAAGUAAUGCAUCCAACCUUUCAGAGAUUACAGCAGUCAUUAACAGCAAACAAGAUUCAGCACUGGAAAUGAUGCAAAGAUCACUGAAGAUUAAGGAGAAACAGCUACAGGAUUUUGAAGCCCAGCUUGCAGCUACACAGGUAGAAAAUGAAAGUGAGAGAGGGAGGCUUAAUGCUCUCAUUCAUAGACUGGAAAAUACUUUAGUUCAACAAGGGUCAGAGGUUGAAAAAGAAAGAUGGAGCUUUGCACAGAAACAAAUGAAGAUUGAAAUAGAAAGACAAGCCAUAGCAGAAGAAAGAAGACAUUUACAGUUUAGUGUAGAAAGCGAGAGACAGAACCUUGCUAAAACUCGUGAAAUGUUAAUAGAGGAACACCGAGGAAUGCUGCAGGAUAUAGCAAAACAGAAACAAGAGAUAGAGGCACAACAAGCACAGUUAAAAAAGAAGAAUCUAAAUGAAUUGUAUUCUACGAAUAUUAUUCCUGCAACAAACAACUUCAGCCUAACUCAAGGUAAUCUAGACGCAGAGUCCACCUUCUUAAACAAUGAGCACCGUCGCUUAAAGGAAAAACUUGCAGCAAUUCAACGUCGAGAACAAGAAGUGAGAGAAAACGAGGACAGAUCAGAAAAACUUUCUUUCCAACUUGAACAAGAGAAAGUCAAGAUGGAGAUGGAGCGAGAAGUUGUUCUUCAAGAAAAGAAAUCUGCGUCUAGAAAAGUCGAAGAAGCUGAAGCUAUCCAGCAAGAAUUGCAGGCAAUGCGGCAGGCUCAGCAGGCAAAAUUAUCACAAAUAAAGUCACAGACUGCUGCCCUUCAUGGAAAUCAAGAGAGAAUGGAAAAGGAACGGCAAAGGCUCGACCUAGCCAAAAAAGACGUUAUGCAUUAUGUACAAUUGGGAUUAUGUCCAAGUUGUCAUAGUAAGAGAGGAAAUGAAAUUAUUGCGGAUCUUGUUAACAAAUAUUCUGCAACUAGUCGUGUUCCAGGCGAUGGAGGAGAAGGCUAUACUAACAAUAGGAUGGAAAAACAUAAUAGUAUAAGCCUGGCUCCAUUAUCUGUUCUUGCUCGUCUGACUGCUGCUCGGGAGCACGAAAAUUUUGAGCGAGAGAAGAGGCUGCAACAGAUUUCAGCAAUAGAAUCAUCUUGAAAAUUAUAAUAUCAGACGCCUUUAGUUUUGCAAAUCGUGACCAUGUGCUGAAUUCUUUCAGGGUGUGGUGAAUAUUAGCUACAUUGUAAGAAAUAUAUUGAAUAUAAUGAAAUUUCCUUCAAAUUUUAGAUGAAA